AAUGUUGUAGUCACGGAUGGGACUGGAUGCAUUAAUAUAAUGCUUUGGAAUCAAGAGGCAAAAAUCAUUCUCGGGAAAUCUGCUAAUGACAUAAGGGAUCUAAUGAAAGAUGCUAAUGAGAAUCCCUGCUUAAAAGUUUUUGAACCUAUAAUUGAUAGGAAGUUCCUUUUUAAAUUGUCUAUUUCACACAAAAAUUUGACCUCUAUGGACCAAGCUUAUAAUGCUGUUAAGAGUAGUGAUGAUGAGGCAUUGAUUGGUCUCUAUUCAUCCCACAGUUCUUCUAUAGAUAUUGGAGGUGUUGAACAAGGCCUUUCAAAUGUAGUGCCUACAACUGGAAAUAAUGACCUCGACUCAAAUGGGAAUGGAGCGGCUAUUGUUUCACUAUCAAAGGAUUCUGGCACUGAGAGCAUCUUUGAGAGCGGCUUAGAUACUCCUGGUAAAUAUGUUAUAGCAGAUUCUGCUCCAAGCUUGGGUGUUAGUGGACUUACCAAUCCGGAAGGCCAGGGAUCCAGUAACAAGACUUUCAAACGUGGUUCUACUAAGAGGAAAAUUGAGUGAUUCACUCAAUUUGGGAUAUGUAAUGUGAUUGUACACAUUUGUUGGCUUUAGUUUAGUUACUAUGCUUAUUUUUCCUUAA